GUAAAAUGCCUCGACAUGAUGACCGCCAUGGUGGUUCACGGCUCUAUGUUGGUCGCUUGUCAUCACGGACAAGAUCACGCGAACUUGAAGACGUAUUUAGCAGAUAUGGAAGGUUUCUUGGCUUUUGCCAAACCUGGAGGUCUUGGUGAGAGGUCCAAUUGGUGGAUUUGGCGAGUCUUUCUAUAAUAUUAUUGCGUUUUUUAAUGGAAAUGGCAACAAUCUCAAAGUGGUGUUUAGUUGAUCUGUGAGGGGCGAAGUAUCAUCCCUUUGAUGCUUGUGUCAUGAUGGCCUUACUGUUUCUGGAACCCGUUUACGCAGAGUACGCGAUGUGGAUAUGAAGCGCGACUUUGCCUUUGUUGAAUUUAGUGACCCUCGGGAUGCUGAUGAUGCAAGAUAUAGCCUGAACGGUCGGGAUGUUGAUGGGAGCCGUCUAAUUGUGGAAUUUGCAAGGGGGGCACCACGGGGUCCUGGCGGAUCUCGUGAGUAUCUUGGGAGAGGGCCUCCUCCUGGAUCAGGACGCUGUUUCAACUGUGGACUUGAUGGGCACUGGGCUCGAGAUUGCAAAGCUGGGGACUGGAAGAAUAAGUGUUAUCGAUGUGGAGAACGAGGGCACAUUGAAAGAAACUGCCAGAAUAGUCCAAAGAAAACCAAAGGGCGUAGUCAUUCACGUUCACCAAGUCCAAGGCGGGGCAGAAGUCGAAGCCGUAGUUACAGCAGGGGUCAUAGUUACAGUCGAUCCAGAUCACCUGUGAGGAGAGAAAGGAGUUUGGAGAGAAGAUCAAGGAGCCCUCAAGACAGCCGUAGCCCUAAGAGGCGUAGGGCUUCACCACCACCAUCCAAGGGGAGGAAGCACGAUCGUACACCCGAAGGGAGGAGCCCACGAGUGAGGGGUAGCCUCUCCCCCCAGGAUCGCAGAUCCGAUUACAGUAGGAGUCCCAGAGGAAAGAGUAGAAGCCCUAUUAACGAUGUUGAAGGAGACAAGAACGGGGAUAGGAGGCAUAGAAGCCCUGCUGAAGAAAAUGGUCACAGCCGCAGUCGCAGUCGCAGCCCAAGCCCCAUCCGCAGGGGUGAUAGGAGCUCUGUUGAAGAUGAUGAAGAUAACCAUGGUUCUCCAAGAGGCAGUGAAUCAGCUUGAAAGCAGUUUGAUGGCAUAUAUAUGCUGGUUUUACAUGAACAUUAGUGUGACAAUUUUCUUGCUUUCAAGUGCAACUUUUUCAAUAUUUUGUUUUCUAGCUCAAAAUUUUAAUUCUCUUUUAAGAUGAUGAAUUUGGAUUUCUGUGGGGGCAAUAGGUAAUUUAUGAUUCGGAUCCAGCAAUUUUCUGUGAUAUAUUUACAAGAAUUUCUGAAGCAACCAAUUAGUGGAGUUGUCAACUUCUUCA